AUGACGGGCCAUAGUGACCUAUCGGCCUUUGCUCCCCUUGCUCUUCUCAACCACUCUCAUAGUGACAUCAAAUACACGCAAGGCAAGUGCACCAUGAUGGGGGAUCCUGCCCACAUGGAGAAGUUCAAUCAUGAUUGUUCCAGAGAUCUUCAGGUGAAAACUUCCAUGUUGAAUCGCCUCUGCUCUCAGCACUGGGAUUAUUUUCUAGUGCUUGACCUGGAGGGGAAAAUUGAAAUUCUUGAGUUCCCAGUUCUGAUGAUUGAUGCAAAAACCACGAAUGUCAUGGAUUUCUUUCACAGGUUCGUAAGGCCAACGGAGAUGAGCGAGAAAAGGAUAAAUGAAUAUAUUGAAGGAAAGUAUGGUAAAUUUGGAGUUGACCGUGUUUGGCACGACACAGCUAUACGAUUUGAGGAUGUUCUUCAACAAUUUGAAGAAUGGUUAACUCAGCAUCAAUUGUGGGAAGAAAAGGUGGGUGGAUGUCUUAAUCAAGCAGCAUUUAUAACCUGUGGAAAUUGGGACUUGAAAACAAAAGUUCCUGAACAAUGCAGAGUGGCAAAGGUGACGCUUCCGUCAUAUUUUAUGGAAUGGAUCAAUCUCAAAGAUGUCUAUCUAAAUUUUUACAAGAGAAGGGCCACAGGAAUGAUGACAAUGAUGAAGGAACUUAACUUGCCAUUGUUGGGAAGUCACCAUCUUGGAUUUGAUGACUCAAAGAACAUAGCAAGGGUCCUGCAACACAUGCUUGCUGAUGGUGCAGUACUGCAGAUUACAGCGAGGAGGGAUCAUAAUUCUCCUGAGAAGGUUGAAUUUCUAUUCCAGAACAGAAUAAGGUAGUUGGUUCUGGAUGGACUUCUUCUAAAAUUGUUAAAUAGAACUUGUAAGAUAGGGAAGAGAUCUACACUUUCAGUUCAAGGUAUCUCUCUGGCUAGUUCUUAUUCUACAACCUCUCGAAGAUCUGAAAGAUUCUUGAUGAUGCGACAUCCUUGCAUUUUAUCAGGUAACUAUUGGCAUUAAGGCUUUCAGAGGUUCAGUGAAGCAACUCCGCUGGUGAUAAAAGUCUUCUCUUUAUUUUCC